UCACCCAGUGACUCCUGACAUAAACAAGUCGCCCACAUCAAAGAUGGCGGCGCGCGGCGGUAUGGGCAGGUCACCUGACCUCGAGUCAACACCCAUUCAGUGUAUCAGAGAGCGGUGACGCGGUAAGGGGCGAUCCCACGAUCUCACAACAAACUGCAGCUGAGCCGCGGACGGCGGGGACUGAACAGAGCUGAGCGGAUCAGAAGGAGAAAUCCUGUCAUGGCGGAGGACGCUGAAGUAUCUGUAGCCUCGUCCGCGGACAGAGGACUGAUCAGCAGCCUGUGGGCGGCCGCCUGGUCUCUUGUGUACGUACCGGCAAGACAGCUAGACCGAGAAUCAGGAUGGCUUUCCAACUGGCUCCCUGCAUGGUGCCCCACAUCUAUGGCUCAUCUAAAGGAGGCUGAAGAGAGAAUGCUAAAGUGUAUUACAAGCUCCUAUACCAAAGAUUAUGUAUUAAUAUCUGGUGGAAACAAGAUCUGGACUCUGUCAUUUGUGCAACCACUUUCUUCAAAGACUCCAUUAGUUCUGUUGCACGGCUUUGGAGGAGGUGUUGGACUGUGGGCUCUCAACUUUGAAACACUUUGUCAAAAUAGAACUGUAUAUGCCUUUGAUAUCCUGGGAUUUGGACACAGCAGUAGGCCUCACUUUGAGGGUGAUGCAGAGAAGGCUGAGAUGCAGUUUGUACAGUCAAUAGAAGAGUGGAGAAUGGCUUUGGGACUAGAUCACAUGAUUUUACUAGGGCAUAACCUGGGAGCUUUUUUAGCUUCUGUUUACGCUGUGAAAUACCCCUCAAGGGUAAAAAGUCUAAUUUUGGUAGAGCCAUGGGGAUUCCCUGAAAGACCUGACAAUGCUGAUGAGGAAAGGCCAAUUCCAAUUUGGAUUAAAGCAGUUGGUGCCUUAUUAAGUCCAUUUAAUCCAUUAGCAGGACUUCGCAUGGCCGGACCGCUGGGCCUAAGUCUUGUACAAAGACUGAGACCAGAUUUCAAGAAAAAGUAUUCAUCCAUGUUUGAUGAUGACACCGUAACAGAAUAUAUUUAUCACUGCAAUGCACAGUCACCAAGUGGUGAGACAGCUUUCAGAAAUAUGACAGUCCCAUAUGGCUGGGCUCGAAGGCCAAUGUUGCAGCGUGUUGACAAGAUGCACCAAGACAUUCCAAUCACAGUCAUUUAUGGAGCGCGAUCUUGUAUCGAUGGUAAUUCUGGAAGCACCAUACAGUCUCUGCGGCCAAACUCCUAUGUGGAAACCAUUGCAAUUCGUGGUGCCGGCCAUUAUGUCUUUGCUGAUCAGCCGGAGGAUUUCAACCAGAAAGUGAUAGAAAUCUGUGAUUCUGUGGAUUGAACUGUACAUCUCCCUCUGCUUUUCCUGUGUGGGAAAAUCACUUCAGCUUUUGGUGGGAUAUAAACCAAAUAAUGCAAAACCUAGCAUUUUGCCCAUUUCAUCGGUGCUUUAACCUUUACAAACAUUUGCACACUCAAACCUAGAAAUGUGCCUUUUUGUAGGAACUGAUUUUAUAGAUUUUUAGAUGAACUCUGAAUAAUUUUAAAAGCUGUACAGAGUGUUUAUAUUUAUACCACAUUUGUGAUACAGAUUGGUAUAUAUUUCCUGAACAAAAUAUUAGUCAUUUCUAGCUUUUAAACUGGAAUUAAGGCUUACUGAGCCAAGAUACUCCAAGGAUUUAUUUAUCCUAGUUCUGACUGUGAGCUCCUGACUAUGUAUGUACUUUGUUGUGUUGUAUUUAUUUUUGUUAAAAAAAUUGGUAAAUACUCCUCUUUUGUGUGCCAAGUUCUGCAUAUAAUGUAUGCCUGCCUGUUGCAAUGAAUAAGUGUCUGUCUGUUUUAAGACUAAAACUUUGAGUAAUGUUUGAAAACACUUCCUUCUUAUGGAAUUUAAGUUUUUUUUCCAAUUGUUCCCUUUAAUGCCUGAAGAAGAAGUUAUACUAUUCAAAAUCUAACUAUUGAACUGAACAUUUCACCAGAAUAGGCUCAUUUUACACUAAGCUGUUUUAAAAAAUUAACUAGUGGAUUUCAGGGAUUUAAAGGGAUUAUCAGGUGUAAAAAACAAAACCCCAAAUGUGUUAAAGCAAAAAACAAACAGUUACUCACCUCUCAAAUCCAGUGCUAAUGCCUUGUUCAGGCUUGUGUUGUCUCCCGGUCUUCCUUUAGGAGCAUACCACAUGUGCCACACUCCUGGCAUCUCUGCCCAGUGAUGGGAGCCAGGAUGGCAGGAGUACUGAAUAUGAGCACUGAGGCCUCAGAUUGGAUGCUUUGGUCAGGUGACAUCCUCUGCUAAAGGAAGACCAUUUUGCCAACCUAAGCAUGAAAGGGGAUUACCACUGGAUCAGAGAGAUGAGUUAACUUUUUGUUGUUAAUGUGUUCGAGACCCUUUUACAACUUUUUUUUUAAGUCCUUGAUAACCCUUUUAAUUGACCUGAAUUAUUUAUUAGUGUCUGGGCCAGAGGAAGUGAACCUGUCGUUCCAGAAGCCAUAGAAAACAGUGUAUGUAAUGGACUAUGGAAGUUUGCUAAAAUUCUUGCGAAAAAGGCCGCCCAUUUUAAUUACUGCCGAAGCGCAUGACUAUGGAGGGCAUAUGAGACUAUAUGUUCCUUCUCCCUGUUAGGAUAUGUUCACACUACAGAAUCUCUGCACGGAGGUAUUCCGGAUCAUAGAUUCUGUCUGAGAAGUCCUUCGGAGCUUGGACCGCACAGACGUGCUGACAUCAUUUGGUCUGUGCAUAAUUCCGCUGAAAGAAUUUACGUUUUUUUGCACAGACUGCAUAUCAUUUAAAGGGGUUGUGCGCUGCCCUGCAGUUUGGAGCUCCGCUCACAGCGUCCGGAAGUUCAUUACUCCGAACGCUGGGUGCGGGCUUCCGUGUUCGCGGCUGCCGGGCGUGACGUCACGCCCAGCCCCUUCGUGAUGUCACGCCCGCCCCCUCUACCAAAG